AUGCCUCCCAAGAAGGACCAAAAGGGCAGCGUCAAGAAGGAUGCCAAAAAGAUUGUCGAGGACAAGACCUUUGGCAUGAAGAACAAGAAGGGCGCCGUAGCCAAGAAGACGAUUGCCCAAAUACAGUCGUCUGUGCAGGCAAGCGGGAGCGCUGAGCAGAAACGGAAGGAGGCCGAGAGGGCGGCACGCGAGCGCGAGAAGAAGGCUGCCGAGGAGGCCAAGCGGGAGGCCGAGGCGCUCCUCAACAAGCCAGCCCAGGUGCAGAAGGUGCCGUUCGGCGUCGACCCCAAGACGGUCGUUUGCAUCUUCUACAAGAAGGGCAAUUGCGAGAAGGGCAAGAAGUGCAAGUUUGCCCACAACCUCGAUGUGGAGCGCAAGGUCGAGAAGAGGGACUUGUACCAGGACACGCGCAACGAGGACGAGGAGAAGAAGAAGCAGGAGACGUCGGCCGACUGGGACGAGGAGAAGCUGCGGUCCGUGGUGUUGUCCAAGAAGGGCAACCAGCGCACAACCACCGACAAGGUGUGCAAGUACUUUAUCCAAGCCAUCGAAGACGGCAAAUACGGCUGGUUCUGGGUUUGCCCAAACGGUGGCGACAAGUGCAUGUACAAGCAUGCUCUUCCGCCUGGCUUCGUGCUCAAGACAAAGGAGCAGAGGGCGGCAGAGAAGGCUCUGUUGGACAAAUCGCCGCUCAAGACGCUCACGAUCGAAGAAUUCCUCGAGUCAGAACGGCACAAGCUUACGGGCACCCUUACACCGGUGACUCCCGAGACGUUCGCCAAGUGGAAGAAGGAGCGUCUGGAUAAGAAGGCGGCAGAGGAACAGUUGCGCAAGGCCAAGGAGGCGACCGGCCGUGCCCUGUUCGAGAGCGGCAACUGGCGGACGGCUGACGACGACGACGAAGAGGAGGACGACGACGCAUGGAACCUCGAGAAGCUACGGCGGGAGACGGAGGCGCUCAGGAUCAAGAGAGAGGAGGAACGGCUGGCUGCCAUGCAUGGGCUUCCGCUGCCGAACGGUGGCACGAAUGGUGUGGCAGAUGAGGCAGCAGAGCCAGAAGGCGAGCCGGGAGCGGAUCCAGAAGCAGUGCCCAACACCUGA